AUUUCAUGGGCUGCUUCAACAGCUUGUAGCAAUGUGUGGUGGUGAGGUGUAUCAACCAUACCUGAAUGUCAAGUCUAAGAUAAAUCAUGAUUCAAAUAAUAGUAGUGAUAAUACUUCUGUCUUGACAUCCCUGAAUUCAACAUCACCCCCUGGCAUUAUAGAAGACAUGGAGGAAUUUACGGAAUACAAAAAUGCAAUAACAUUUUAUUGUGAAAGUCUAUGGAAAUUGUGUGGCAAUCAAGAAAGCAAACUUGAAGAAUUAGAAAAAACUAGCCAACCAGUUCAGGAAUUUCUUAUGAGACUCAUGGGAUAUAUAAGAGCAGCUAAAGGGAAGAGCUACCACAUGAACAAGAAGAAGAGAUUGAAGUCUUCCAGUACACCAGCAAAGAAAAGUGAAGCAGUAUCUAUUGAGGCAAGCUCAUGUCCUUUAGCAGUCUCAGAUGACAAGUUGAAGGCCAGUCCCACCCAAGUUUCUAGUUUAACUUUGUUAUCUCUACCUUCUGACCUUUCACCUGCUGCCUCAUCUACUCCUCUCAAGUACAAUCCAAUGGAGAGGUUGACAGCUCAAGCUGAUCAAUUUUCUCUCACUACUGGUCUGGGUCUGUUGGACAACUUUGCAGUAACAGACAGCGCUGUCUCAGCUAGGCCAACCUCUGUACCUCAAUUGCAACCCCAGAUUAGAAAAUGUCAAGUUGAUGCCAGCCAUCUUAGAUCUUGUAUUCCAGAAGGACAGAUUGGUUUUCAACAAUUGAAGAGAGGGGACCAAGUCCAUCCACUGGUAAAGGAUCAGAGAAUUGAACAAACUGUAAGUUGCUUAAAUACAAGUGCAUCGGAACAUGUGUCUUCUAAAGAAAAGCUGCACAGAAAAGUGGACCAAGAUGAUGUCUCUGUUACACCUGAUUGUAAGAAAAGAGAUGAGCCUAAGACUCAGGAGUCUGAUCUGAUAGAUGCAACUAUGACUCAGGAGUCUGACCUGAUAGAUGCAACUAUGACUCAGGAGUCUGAUCUGAUAGAUGCAACUAUGACUCAGGAGUCUGAUCUGAUAGAUGCAAGAACUAAUGGAGAAGAUGAGACCAAUCCACAGAGUCAUUUUCUUGACAACGUUCUGCCAGGGUUGUCAAACCUAAGUGACAAAAGCAUUAGCCCUGAAGAGCUUGAAACUAAAGAGCGAGAGCCACACAUUUCUAAAACACUUGAACCUGGUUAUGAGGAACAGUAUUUAAGAAUGCUUUUAAGUAAACCAAUCAGCUUAGCAGCAGAGGCUACUCCUGGUUUACAACAAACAAAAAUGAAUCAAUCUGUGAUGGAUUCUAAAACCUACCAAGAUGAAAAGUCAGCCCCUAAUACUGGUAUGAUCCUCCCACAACAAACUGCACAAUCUGAGAGUUGUGAUAUGGAAACUUUUUCCAAAACAAAUGAUGUUGAAAAGUUGCAUUUUUCUGAAUCCUGUCCAACAAAUAAUGGACAAACACUUAACCUUUUUUCUGGAAAUCCUGCAAGCUAUGGCAUGCCACAAGCUGAUUUUCAGUGUAAAACUAAACAAUGCAAAUCUCUAUUGUCCAAUGCAAGCUUAUCCAAAAAUACAUUUGCAGAGAUGAAUUCAUCUGGAAACAAUAGUGUUUUUUUAAACACCAAUAAGUAUAGCGUAAAUGUGCCUAAAGUUAACCAGCAUAGGCAGACUCCUGCAGGGGCUACACACAAGGAGACACCGCUGCCUAUACAGCCAGCAUUGUAUCCUAAUGUAGAGAAGUCACAUAGACUUGCUGCCAGCUUAGGCACCCCUGUCAUCUUCUAUCCUGCAAACAGUUUCCAGUCUGCAGAUAACUCCUUGGCAUCACUGUCAAGUUUGGUACAAAAUAUAGUUUAUAACUCUCAUGGAACUAUCCUCAAACCUUUGACACCUGUGAGUAGUCUUCCUUCAACAGCCACUUAUAGCAGCCCCCAGCUGUUGAACCAAACAUCCAGUUCAGUUGCUCCAAAGAAGUCUGUUGCUGCUGCUUUGCCAGUUUUAUCUAGUCAGCUUAAUGCUGGAAAACCCACACUUGUACCAUUCUAUAUCAGUCACAUGAAUAGUUUAAACAACCUCCCCAAGUCUACAAAUACCAUCCAUAUACAAGGUGUGAGACCACAACAGGCCCAGGCUCCCCUGUUUCAAACCAAACUGAACCUAGAUGGCAAUCAAGCUUCUGAUGGUUCUUGGUGCAGAGCAAAACCUCAGGCCUUCUUAAAUCAAACUGAGAACAAAGGAGCAAAUGAAGAAGAAUAUUUGAGGGGCACUCAAGAAAUUGGGAUCACUGGGCAGGUAGUGCUGAGUACCAGCAGCUCUAUACAAGACUCCCCAUUUUACCACUCUGGAAUCUAUUCCAAUUCUUCUUUUUUAAAUGGAUGGAGUUUUGAAGGAUUACAGUCCCACCACCAUCCAAAAGUACCUGUUCAAAAUGAAUUAGCCAAAGCCAGUCAUCAACAAGCACCUGGAGAUUUCUGUUCUAGCUCAUCUGGAUCCAUGACACUGACUGACAUUGAGCCCAACAAGGUGUACACACAACCUAAACUACCAACAAAAACCAAAAAGAAAAUUUUGACUUCCCUUCUGGCCAAUACAACAAUGUCAGAAGCUACAAAAACACACCUAGUCAAUGCAAGCUCAGCUGCUACUAAAACAGACCUAGCCUACACUUGGAAUGAGACAACAAAUAACUUAGAUCAAGCCAAGGCAAAUCUUGCGCUCAGUCAAGUCAGUCGUAAACAGACAGACAAAAAAUUAUCCAAGCGUCUUCUCUGCUCAGCUUGUGACAUGUUUUUUUACUCUGGCACUGAUCUUCUAGUGCACCGUUAUGAGCAACACAGUCAUGUUUGUGGGGAAUGCGAUGGCAGAUUUUUAUCUGCCUCUCGUCUAAAACAACAUAAAGAAACAGAUCAUCCCUCCAUCUUGAAAUGCUCUCAUUGUCGCUAUCACACCUUCAGCAAAGAUGGAUUAACUGAGCACAAAUGGGUCGAGCAUGGGAUACAAAUGGAAUCAAAAGAUGAAGAUUUAUCAUCUUGUAGUAAAGAUAUAGAAUCCACCUCAAGUAAGAAAUCAGAACUGAGAAUGAGCACUGCAACUGCUAAAUCAGGUUUUUCACUUGUCAAAUCUCAGUCACUAGAUCUAGCUCAUGCCAGCAACACUAGCAUGGUUUAUACAAGUAAGGAAGACAGUGAUCAGUUCAAGGAUAGUGACUCGUUUUCUAGCCCUUCCUUUAUUGGUGACCAGUUGAAGAGUAGGGCUACUACAGGUACUACUGCUGAUCCAAUGAUCCUAGUCAAAAAUGUCUGUGAAAACACAGAAAGCUCCACUUGUCAUGUGGCAGAAUCUGACUUGUCUGGCCCUGUGUUUCCAUCUUUCAUUCGUGAACCUGUCCUUAAACAUGAUUCUAAUUUGCUUUCAAUCAGUGCUAUGUAUGCACAGGUUAGCCAGCAUUGUCAAAUGGAGACUUCAGAGUUUCUUAGCAUUUCUGACCAGAACUGCUCUGAGAAUGAUGAGCCCCGCUUAAUUAUUGACACAGAUGUUGCAAGUAAUGAGUGUGAAAAAGCUAAGUCUUGUCUUGAUUUAGAUGAGCCCUUGUGUUUAGUUACACACAACAGGGCUCAGUCAGAAUCUCAUUUCGGGCAGUCAACUGUACUCAGAAAUAAACACUCUAAAAGAAGGCACACAUCUUCAGAUUGCAGUAAAAAAAAACUAUGUGAUGAGUAUAAAAUUCUACAGAUGAAAGCUAGCGAGGUGAUAGAAAGUGUAGAAGAUUCUAGUCCUACAAGGAAUGAUCAACUAGAUGGAAGAGAUUCAUCUGUAGAAGCUCAAAGACUGGUUAUGAAGAUCAGGUGCAAACAUUCAAUUGGACUAGAUCAUUUGCAAGUCAAAAAAAAACAGAGGAAAAGAAAGAAACAACUACUCAUUGCUUUAGAUAAUGAUGAUGAAAAACACAUUUUUAGUUUAAAAGUAGCUAACAUUACAGAUUCUCAAGUUAACAGCCAUACUGGUCUAGAAGACAAUCAGAUAAAGGCUAAUGAGAUUGCUUGCAAAGACAGUGGUUCUUUUUCCCAUGGUGCUAUUCAGUGCAAAAGGGUUGUAGAAGCUGAACAACAGCAUUUUCAAAGCCAGCAACUCAAAAGUCUUUUCUUAGCUGAAGACUCACAGUCACUUAUCAGUUCAAACUUGCAGUCAGCUGAAAAAUCCUUAGAGCCAAAAAAAAUGCAGUCCCUUCAAGAUCGUCAUUUAAUGAGUUGUUUACCACCUAAGAAAAGAAGACUAAGAAGGUUUUCACGAUCUUCUAGUAAAGAUGACAAAGGCAUGGCUUUGGAGGUGGUGAAUUUGGACAUAAUUGGGAGGUGCGACCAGGGUCAGUUACCUCCCUGUGUUUCUGCAGCAACAAGAAAAAAAGAGAGCAAAAAUACUUCCCUGACGCCUUUAAGCAUUGAAAGAGCUGCUAGGUUUAAAAAUCAGCUUACAAGGCUCUCUAUGCGUUGUACAAGAACAAACUCGCUAAAGAUAGCUUGCAAUAGCAAUAUGCUGGAAAAACAUAAAAGCCAAGACAAGAUCAAAUCUGGGAGGAUUUUAAAUUCGUCUUUGAUACAGAAUAGCUGUAAUUUGGCCCCAGCAGAUGGACGCUUCUGUUGUCCUGUUGUCAACUGUCAAGCUACAUUUUCUAGAAAAUGGAACCUUGAUGGCCAUAUAGGUAAAGUCCACUGUAAAAUGUCCAACAUGGUUUGUUCUGUUUCUGGAUGUGAUCAAAUAUUCCUGAGUAGAAAAGAUCUCAGACAACACAUAACUGUUGACCAUAAAGGAAAAUCCAGAAAAUACAAGUGCAGCUGGCCAGAUUGUAACAAGGGCUUCUUUGCACGCACACAUUUGAGAAUUCAUACUUUGACUCACACUGGAGAGAAACCUGUAGCAUGCCAGGUUUGUGAAUAUAGAUGUAGGCAGCCAACUGCUUUAAUCUGGCAUAUGAGAAAGCAUGGGAUUUUCCAAAAAGGGAUUAGUAUGAAAAUGUAGUAUUUAGCAAAAUUGAUUGUAGUUUGAAACAUUUGGCCAUAACUUUAAUGUAUGUAAACAUUGUAUUGAAGCAGAUUUGGUAUUAUUUAUUCUUUGAUAUAUGCAAAGGAAACUACUUUUUAAUAUUACAUUUUAAAUUAUUUAAAGUUUCACUUCAAAAUUAUGGUGAUACAAAUAUUUUCUGUGAAACUUAAUUUUAAAACUUUUAUUAGAAACAAAUAGUUAACUGUGAAAUAUUAGUUCAAAUUAUUUAAAGGUGUUACUUUCUUCUUUUUUUUCCAAAUAUUGUUAUUUUAAAAUACAUAUUUUUAAAAAUUGUUAUUUAAUAUUUUUAUUAUAAGCAGAUGUAAAUUUAAUUAAUUAAAUUAAUUUUGGCACCAAAUAUGUUGGCUUAAAACCUUCUUCCUAAUUUUAUUUAGCUAAUUAUGUGCUUGUGCUACUCAUUUUGAAUCACCCAUUUAAAAAAUAUAAUGCAAGCCUGAAAAAAAAGUUCUCUUAAAUUUCAGUGCAUUUUUGGACAAAGGUUUAAAACCAGUGUUUACUUACUACUUUCACCUGUUUUUAGUCUUUAUUUAUUAUAGGUUGUACCACAACAUGCUUCCACACUCUUUUAGCCUACAUGGCUCAAAAUUUUAAUUUAACCAUUGUUUAAAAAAAAAAGAAGUGGUGUGCAAGAAAGUUAAGAAUGAAUUUAUUUAUGGACAGAAACAUUUUAACAACCAAACACCAGCCAACAGUUUUUUGGUUCUAAAACAUGCUUACUGAUUGCAUUCCUCAUUUAAAUAUAGAUUUAUUAUAGGUAUAGAAAAUAAGUUGAUUCAAAAAGUUAAAA